CUCUGCAGGGUAGAGGAAGCCCAGCGGCCUUGGGGCGGCUUUCGGGCUUCUUACUCAAGGCGCCGUCGGCUCCGCAGGCGAGAGGGAAGCGGCCGGGCUGGGUCGGUGGCGCUGCCGCUGCUGCUGCUGCUGCUGAGGUCUGUGUUAUAAUUUCACAAUGUUUGGAAAUUUAUUUGAUGAAGACUUCUCCUUUUUGUCAAACAAUCAAUGUGGGAAGCAAAAAUCAAAACACAAAGAUGCUGAGCUGCUUGUUCCUAGAGAAAGCACCAAUUUAAGUGGAAUAAAAAAUCAGGGUGGAACCUGCUACCUUAAUUCACUUCUUCAGACUCUACUAUUCACACCAGAAUUUAGAGAAGCACUGUUUUCUAUAGGCCCUGAAGAACUUGGUUCUUUGGAAGACAACAGUAAGCCUGAAUCAAAGGUUCGAAUAAUCCCAUUACAGCUCCAACGGUUGUUUGCUCAACUUUUGCUCCUAGAUCAACAUGCUGCAUCUACAGCAGACCUCACUGACAGCUUUGGAUGGAAUAGUAAUGAGGAAAUGAGACAACAUGAUGUGCAGGAGUUAAAUCGGAUUCUGUUCAGUGCUUUAGAGACCUCCCUUGUUGGGACCUCUGGUCAUAAUCUAAUAAACCAGCUAUACCAUGGGACUGUUGUUAAUCACAUUGUCUGUAAAGAGUGCAAGAAUGUCAGUGAGAGACAGGAGGAUUUCUUGGACCUCACAGUUGCUGUCAAAGAUGUAUCUGGCUUGGAGGAAGCCUUGUGGAAUAUGUACGUGGAAGAAGAACAUUUUGAGAAAGAUAACUUGUAUCGAUGUGGAGCAUGCAAUAAAUUAGUUGAAGCCACAAAGUCUGCUAAACUACGCAAGUUGCCUCCGUUUCUCACAAUCUCCCUCUUGAGAUUUAACUUCAAUUUCGAGAAGUGUGAACGAUACAAGGAAAUAAGCAGCUAUGCAUUUCCAGUCCGGAUAAACCUCAAGCCUUUUUGUGAGCAGACUGAAGUGGAUGAUUUCAAAUACAUGUAUGAGCUCUUUUCUGUUAUAAUACACAAAGGUGGCUGUUAUGGAGGACAUUAUCAUGUUUACAUCAGAGAUAUUGAUGAACUAGGAAACUGGCAGGUGCUAGAGGAAAGCAACAUGAAUGAUGAAGAUAAGGAUUUGAAAGAUAUUGAAAAUGCAAAAGAGAAGGAAAAUCCAUUACGAAUUUUAAGAAACAUCUUAUUGGAGGAAGAGUCUAAGGAAAUUGCUGUGGAUCGGUUGGCACAGAAACUUUUGGAGAAAAAAAGUGUGUCCUGGAACAAGAAAUACCGUAAACAGCAUGGACCAAUACGGAAGUUUUUGCAGAGUCAUUAUCCAACAUUUCUUCUAAGUUCUGACGAAAGCAAAGUUAAGCUGAAUGAUCAUCAUAAACUCCAUUUUGGAUCAACAUCCCAAAGCAACCCUCAGAACCAUGAGGUAAAGAUGUCAUCAGAAAAAGCAACAACAGGUUUACGGGAAUAUUCAUCCGAAUCCCAUUGGUUUGAUUUGAAUGACUCCAAAGUCCAGCCAAUCAGAGAGCAAGAGAUUGAGAAACAGUUUCAGGGGAAUGAGAGUGCCUACAUGUUGUUCUAUCGACAAUCCCAAAUGACAAGACCAUCUGAAGCUCGAGGAAAUCCAAGAUACCGGGUCCCCAUCCAUCUCUUGAAUGAAAUGGAUGCUGCUAAUAUCAAACUGCAGAAGAAGAGGGCAGAAUAUGACUUGGCAAACAACAGUAUUGAUUUACAUCUCCAUAUAUUUUCUCACUAUAAAUUUUACAAUGGAGCUCUGCACCCAGUAGUUUCUCAGAAGGAAAGUGUUCUAGAUCUGACGAUUGACAAGAGAAAAACACUGGGAGAAAUUCAGCAAUUGGUAUUUCAGUUGUUGGAAUUUUGGGAAGGAGACCUAGUUCUCAGCCUUGCAAAGCUUCUUCCAGCUGGACUGCAUAUAUACCAAACACUUGAAGGGGAUGAUUCUACGUUGAGUGGCAUUGGACUUUCUGAUGGAGCCAAUAUAUUCGUGUGGAAUGGAAAAGAGGUUGAUGGAGUGGAAGUUCUGACUGGCAUUGACCAUGAACCUGUUCUUAUAAACGUUCUGCGUUUAGCUGGACAUAAUGAAGGACGAGUGGGACAGCAAUUUAUGGAAUCCCAGCAUGUAUUUCCAUGUAGUUCAAACCUGAGAGCUAUUUGUGAUGCUUUAAUGUCACCCGAAGGGAUUGUCUUAAAGAACCAUUCAGGGUCUGAGAAAGACUCUGAAAACUGGAAAGUCAUUCCUGAAGAAGAUAUGAAACAGACACUCAGAGAUAUUGGGCUCAAGAAUGGAAGCUCAAUCCUAGUUUUAGACAGCCAUGACCAAAGCAUGGUGAAUGUGGCAGGCGGCAAUUUGACUGCUUUUACGCAUGAUAUCAGCUGGUUACAAGUAAAAAAUUUCUGUAGAUUGGAGGCUGAAGAGAUACAAGUUAAAAUUACUGCAACUAUUGAAACAGUGAUGGCAGACAUCAGGAUUAAAGCAAUAGAAGAAAUGCAGUUGGACAAGGAGCUAGUUAACAAUAGCUGUCUCAGGCCCAUUAGCAGAAAUGGAAAACUUCUUUGUCCAGUGCCUGAGGAUUAUACUGUUAAAGAAGCAGAGCUGAAAAUGGGAAGCCUUCUAGGACUGUGCUCUGGGAAAGCUCCAACAGCCACUGAGCUUUUUCUGUAUUAUAUUGUGGGCCAUGAGCUUCAGUCUAGUCCAGAGAUGGAGAUAGUGGUGGAGGAGACUACAACUGUAAGAGAGUGUUUAAAUUUAAUGCUGAAGAAGUCUGGCUUAGCUGGGGACAACUGGCACUUGAGAAAGAUUGACUGGUGCUAUGAAGCUGGGGAUGCGUUAAGUGAGGAAGCUGCCACACUAAAAGAACUAAAUAUCUGCAGUGGGGAUAUACUGAAUGUUGCUGAGGGGAAGCUUCCGCCAAAGGGAUUCCUGAAAGUGUCUGUCUGGUGGUACAAAGCCUUCUCUCAGUCAAGGCACAAAAGGAACAGGCAAGAACAAGGAAACUCUGUCUGCAAAAAAGUGGAAGCUCUGGAACUGUCCACAUCUGGAGAUACACCAACAUUUCUACAAAGUGAAGUUGACCUAUGUUAUGUGGGUGAUAUAGAGAUCUCAGGAGACGCUUUCCUGGAAGACCUAAAGAUGCAGGUGAUGACUUUGCCAUUCUCUGAAGAGUUUAGUAUUCCACUACCUGAGUUUCUCCGAGUUUGGACAAUGGAAAAUAAGUGCCCUUGUAGGCUUUUACGAAACAAUAAGCAGCAACUCCAUAAAUUCAAACUAGGAAACAGAGUGGAAAUUUGUAUAGAGCCUUUACACAAGGAAGAGAAUCUUGGACCAAAGGAUUUGCUUCUGCGAGUGCAGAUGGGCAUACCAGAGGAAAGAGAUUAUUACCAUCCUGUGGAUUUGGUAUGGGAUAUCUCCAAAGAGUGCACAGCAUGUGCAUUGAGACAAAGAAUUGCUUCAUACUACUCAUUACCAGAGGAGCAAAUUGAAAUUGCUAAAUAUUCUCCUGAGAAGUUUGAAUGGAUACCAAUAUGUAGUUGGACACAGCAAGUUUCAAAGCGAAAAAAGAAGAAGAAAGGUGACAGUUUACAAUUAAGCCCCUACAACUUGAAGGAUGGAGAUAUUAUUGGUGUGAAGAAUCUCCUACUUGAUGACAGUAAAGACUUCAGUACCAUGAAAGAUGACAUUGGAAAACAAAUGCAGAAGCAACUUGCUAUGGAAAAAACAAGUAGCCAGAAGCCUGACUGUGUGCAGAAUGAUCAUUACUCUGAAAAAAAGAUGGCUAAGAAUCGUAAACCUGAAGCAGCACUCUCCAUCAGUGUAGGGGUUUUCAGCUGACUCCCUGGGUCUGAACAAACCUUGUAUCUUACUGAAUAGAAUGGAGUUGCCUCAGUUUGGCUAGCCAAGGAACAGUCUUCCUUGAGACAAGCGCUCUAUCCUAUUGUGGAAAAGUGCUUUAAUUCUAUUAUAGUUCAAGCACUUACUAUCAGGGUGGGUAUCUGCACUUUAAUAAUGAGAACAUAUACAAAUAUCUUAAUCUUUCAGUGGUUGGUUGUAAUAACCAUGUGCUUUAAUCUGAUCAUAUGCAGUAUUCUCACUGCAGUGAUUGCUUUCCCCCUCAUGGAUUUAUGUACGUGAAAAUAUUUAUGAAAAUGUAGCCUGAAAAGUUAACAUGCGCAGUGAAUUCAGAAGGAAACUUUUGUCACCCAUGGGAGUGACUCUUCAGACAAAAUGUGAGAACUAUUAGUUGAAUUUAAUGCACCCCCCUUUUGGCCUGGUUCAAAAUACACCAGCCCAAACGUCUCUCUAUGCACAUUGGGUGAAGUGAGAUUAUGUCUUUUUAACCCAACUCAGAAGGAAUUCCUCUCCCACCUGAUAACCACAUGUGGGAGAAAUGUUUGCCUAUGGCUUAAAUGCAUACAGUGUAACAUGGCAUAAUCUGGGACGUUCUUCUUCUUUCAUACACCUUCCUGAAACAUUGCCCACAUGUAUCGACAGCUGCUAUCCUAAAGGGUGGAAUCGGUGUGUUGGGUGGACUGUGAGGACAAUAUACUCUUGCUCUUCUCCACGUAUGAGAGAGAGAAUGGAGGAAAAUAUGCUCUAAACCAGGCCUUUGUGGAAAUAGAUUUUUCUGCCAAUAUUCUGUGCAAUCCUAUAUAAAUAAUACGGAGUUCAGAAAUGUGGUGUACUACUGAAGUAAACAGAGAUUUAAAUAAAUGGGGAAAGGGUACAAGUAAAUAUCAGGAUGUUUGCUGACCUUUUUUGUAUAUCAUUUCCUAAGAGGCAGCCUGUAUCUCUCAUGUCAAUCUAUGUCUUUUGUUCAUAUAAUUGCUGAAAUGCCUGUUGGGAACCAUAUAUCGUGAAUGAACAGAAUCCACCAGGAUAUAGGUGCAUAGCGUGUUUAACAUUAUAGAAACAUUUCUCCAAGAAUUUCCCCAGAAUCAUUUUUAAAAUGAUUUAGGAAAAAGCUAACUGUUCCAAAAAAUGUUUUUGUCAAUAGUCCUUAUUUCCACAAGGUAUUUGUCCCAAUGCACACUGUACAUUUUCACCCCAGUAUGAACUCUAGCAAGUAAUGGUCUAACCUUAAAAAUUGGUAUUUGAAUACAUAUUUUGGAGAACAGGCCUGGGAAAGAAAGGCCACUGAGAGUGCAAAUUGAAAUUGAGAUAGAGGUAACUGGGAUUGGGCAGGAAGAGGCAGCUGUUUGUAUAAGCAAACUUUGUUGUCAUGGUUUCAGUUUACUGACUGAUAGAACUAUUAGCAAGUUAUCCCUGUUCAUUGGGUUUUCACAUUUUGAAGACCAUUUUGCUGUUUGCAUUCUUAACUGAAGUAUAGAUUUAAAUUUAUCACCUAUCCAGACACUCUACUGACAUUGGAUUCUCCAGAACCAAGUAUCUUAACUGACAUAUUUAAAGAUCUAGUGUGUCGCAAGGCGGAAACACAAGUCAUAGCAUGCUGUAUCAGAGGGUAUAAAUAAGUUUAAUAAAGCUUGUACAAUCACACCUGGGGGUGAGGAGGAUCCUCCUUAAUCCUUCAUGUAGUGAUCACUUGGGAUUUGAGCAAAUGCUGAAUGUUUAGCAUCUGUCCACCGGCUAUGGAACCCCAAUCUCAUAACAAAGAGGCACCCAAGAUGUAGAAAAAGGCUGCUAGUUGAGGAAUCUGGGAAUACUGCCUCAUAAAGCAAUCCCAUGGGAUAUUUUUUAAAAAAAUAUGAAGUUAUUUAAUGAACAUGAGACUCAGACACGUUUAUAUACAAAAAGGAACUAUGUGCCUUUAAUAAACUGUAAUGCAGUAAUGGCUGCAGGAAGCCAAUACCAAGUUGCUUGUGAUGUUGGCUUGAUUAUUUUGCUAUAAAAUUAUGGGAUGUUCCACAAUCGAACAUUUUGUGAAAAGUGAUACCUUUCUAAAGGAAUGUCCAGGAUUCCGCAGUUCUGGUUGUAUUACAAUGCAAGUAAUUUUUUAUAGUUAAUUUUUAAUAAGUCUGAUUUUUCUUGUACUUGCAAAAGAAAUAAAGAGCUUAAAUGUUUUGUUUGUACUGUA